CCCAGCCUUCUCCACGGCUUCGCAUCCCCUCUGCCCGCUCGCUCCCAGCGUGCGGAUGAGUGGGAGCGCGGGGCUGGGCGCGCACGGCUCCCUGCCUCCCUCUCCCCCGCCGCGGCCGCUUCCUCCCACUCUGCCUUCUCCCGCUCAUUGUGCCCCUGACCGGACUCGCACCUCGCCUGUGCCCUUCACUCGUCUUCCGCGUGAUUUCCCCGCCGCCUUUCUCGACCUACUGGGAAUGCUAAAACGGGACUGAUGGACGUGUCCGAACUCUGCAUCCCGGACCCCCUCGGCUACCACAACCAGCUGCUGAACAGGAUGUCCGCAGACGACCGGCACCUGGGCUCCAGCUGUGGCUCCUUCAUCAAGACCGAGCCGUCCAGCCCGUCCUCGGGCAUUGAUGCCCUCAGCCACCACAGCCCCAGCGGCUCGUCCGACGCCAGCGGCGGCUUUGGCCUGGCCCUGGGCACCCACGCCAACGGUCUGGACUCACCGCCCAUGUUCGCAGGUGCGGGCCUGGGGGGCACCCCGUGUCGCAAGAGCUACGAGGACUGUGCCAGCGGCAUCAUGGAGGACUCGGCCAUCAAGUGCGAGUACAUGCUCAACGCCAUCCCCAAGCGCCUGUGCCUCGUGUGCGGGGACAUUGCCUCUGGCUACCACUACGGCGUGGCCUCGUGCGAGGCCUGCAAGGCUUUCUUCAAGAGAACCAUUCAAGGCAACAUCGAGUACAGCUGCCCGGCCACCAAUGAGUGCGAGAUCACGAAACGGAGGCGCAAGUCCUGCCAGGCCUGCCGCUUCAUGAAAUGCCUCAAAGUGGGGAUGCUGAAGGAAGGUGUGCGCCUUGACCGAGUGCGCGGAGGCCGCCAGAAGUACAAGCGACGGCUGGACUCGGAGAGCAGCCCGUACCUGAGCCUACAGAUUUCUCCACCCGCUAAAAAGCCAUUGACCAAGAUUGUCUCAUACCUACUGGUGGCUGAGCCGGACAAGCUGUACGCCAUGCCCCCACCUGGUAUGCCUGAGGGGGACAUCAAGGCCCUGACCACGCUCUGUGACCUGGCGGACCGGGAGCUCGUGGUCAUCAUCGGGUGGGCCAAGCACAUCCCAGGUUUCUCCAGUCUCUCGCUGGGGGACCAGAUGAGCCUGCUGCAGAGCGCCUGGAUGGAGAUCCUCAUCCUGGGCAUCGUGUACCGCUCCCUGCCCUACGACGACAAGCUGGUGUACGCCGAGGACUACAUCAUGGACGAGGAGCACUCCCGCCUGGCUGGGCUGCUGGAGCUCUACCGGGCCAUCCUGCAGCUGGUGCGCAGGUACAAGAAGCUCAAGGUGGAGAAGGAGGAGUUCGUGACGCUCAAGGCCCUGGCUCUGGCUAACUCAGAUUCCAUGUACAUCGAGGACCUGGAGGCCGUGCAGAAGCUGCAGGACCUGCUGCACGAGGCGCUGCAGGACUACGAGCUGAGCCAGCGCCACGAGGAGCCGCGGAGGACGGGCAAGCUGCUGCUGACGCUGCCCCUGCUGCGGCAGACGGCUGCCAAGGCCGUGCAGCACUUCUACAGCGUCAAACUGCAGGGCAAGGUGCCCAUGCACAAACUCUUCCUGGAGAUGCUGGAGGCCAAGGUCUGACGGCCGCCCUGGACGGACAAAUGGACGGACCGACCUGGAGCGCUCCGCGGCCGCCAGCCUCGGCCCUGACCCCUGUAUCAUGGCUCUAAGGCGAGCCGGCGAAGGGGCGUCCGCCUCCUGGCCGUGUGUGCAGACUCCUGGGUGCAGUGGGUGGGGGGAAGGGCGUGGGGCUCAUCUGUCACCCGCUUUUUCUUCGGUAUGUUUUUCCUUCUCAUGGGCAGCGCUGAGGCCUGGGCCAGGGCGGACUCCCCUUGGGACUGGAGGCCACCAGAGGAAGUGGCCACUUUCCCCACUAGACUACCAGGAAGCAGCCGGGGCAUUUUCCGACCCUCCUCGGCUCGGGGCCCCGGUAGGCAGUGCUCAGGGCAGGGGCCACCUGGAGGGCGGGUCCCUGGGUCAGCGGCAUCUUCUGGAGGCCCUGCCUGUGCUGAGGCCCUCGGAGUCCCCUCACGAGACUCCGCACCUCCCACAGUCCAGAUGGCUGCCCCCUCCUCCUCCUUCUCAGUCCCAGGCACACCCAGCUGGCGGCCCAGGUGCACCCCAUUUCCUGGGUGCCCCACCUCGGUGCCUCCCACCUGCCUGCCACCCAUCUCCCUCCUCUCCUUUCCCAGGAGGCCCCUCCCCUACCUCGAGCUCACUCCACGUGACUUCAGCCAGCACCAGUGACACCAGGACCCGUGGACAGGGCGUGCUGGCUCGGGGAAGAGCAGGGGCCUCCCCGAUUCCCUCCUCCUCCUCCCUCAGAGCAGGUUCAGACCCGAGGGAAGUCCCCAUCCCAGAGGGUGGGGGCUCCCGCCCAAGGCUGGCAGUUGUGAGGAGGUCAGGGCAGGAUGGGGAAAGACCCCAGCAAACUUUUGCCCAGAACAGGAAGAGUCUGCAGCAGAGAGCAGGUGCAGCCCUGGAGAUGGGCUUCAGGGGACCCAGCCUGCCAGGCCCUGCCUGGCUCCCAGGGCAGUAGAUCCCGGGGUAACCGUCCUGUGCGUCCCACAGGGUCAGGUGCAUACGGGUCACCGAGGAAGCACGGCGGUAGCUGUCCUGGCCAGCUCUGGCAGGGUCCUCAGAGUGUCUUGCUGCUGCACAGGGGACCCACCAGCACACUUUGCCAAGGACUUUCCCAGUUCUAGCUGAGCAUUCUGUGUCCCAGGAAGUUCCUCAGUCCCAGGCACACGGGCCCCCCACUGUCCACUCAAGUGACAUCCUUGAACUCCUCACUUUGCAUCUGACACCAGGUGCUUCUUCCAAGCUUUUCCAUCAGAAGCAGUUGCUAUUUCUGGGGACACCAGGUGGACCUGGUGUGACCCCCCACCCCAGAAACUGCUGGGCCUGAGCUGUAUUGGGACUUAACUGAGGUCAUCAGACAGGAGAGCUGGCUAAGCCCAGCAGCUGCAGAGCGUCUCUGGUCCCUCUGCACAGGGAUACUAAGGAUUCCAGGAGGCCCGCCUUUUCUUUUGGCCUGUGGGGAAUCUGAAGUCCUAAGUUGCUGGAUGAGCUGAACUUGACGGUUCAUGUCCUGACCUCAUGUCGCCAUCCGUGGGUGGGUGGGUGUGCGUGCGUGGCCACUGCAGUCACCUCUUUGGCAUUAAGGAACCCAGGCUGAACACCAAGCCUUUCAUGACUUAGGGCCGAGCACCAAGCCCUGACUCGGAGGCUCCUCAGCGAGGGCACUUGGGUGUGUUCUCUGCGACUGCCCAGCCCCACUGCUGCCUGCCAGAGGAGGGGUGCAGCAGGCAGCAUCUCACCCCGCACCAGGCUGUCUGCACUGUGGCCCCUGUCCGAGUCCCAGGGGCUUGCGCACUGGCAUUUGGUCCACCUUUUCUGGGGGAUUGCGGCUUGUCACUCGGCCCCUGCUUUGGAGCAGGUGCGUGGUCUCCACGGGCACCUUCGCCUGCAUCUGGUUCUUCCGCAGGUGCCCUGAGCUAGACCUUCCCAGCAGAGGGGGCUCAGGCCUGAGGCGGGAGCUGCCGUCACAGGAAAUGCCCCUGUAACCGUGGGAACUCCACCCCACGGGAAAGCCCUGGCAUGGCCUUGUGGGGAGGGCCCUGGACAUCCAGAGAAGGGCAGAGGCCAACUUCUUAGGAGCCCACCCAGACCGUGGGGCCUCCACUUGGUGAGAGCAGGGACAGCGAGGAGAGUUCAGGAGACCCUGUGCCCCCAAACCACAGAAUCCAAGUUUGCCCCCAAAUCUGCCGUUUCUAGAAAAUCUGUAAAAAGGAAACCACCCCCUCAGUUGUACGCUCAUGAUACAGGUCAUUUGAAACCAACCAAGAAAUAAAACAUGAAAAUCCAACCGCAGAAAAGGUGGUGCUGGCUGGGUUUUGUUUGGUUUCCUUGUCCCUGUCCUUUCUGAAGGUUCCAGGUGGCACGCGGGAACUUGAGGGUAUCUCCCGAUUUUUGCUACAUAAACGUCACUGAUUUCCCAGGCUGCAGUUGGAGGACCGGGGCCCGAGGCUCUAGAGAGCAGGGCCUCCAAGGAAUGACCUGCCCCCACCCUGCGGGCCAGGGAGGCGUGGGGGUGAUAAAGACCACGCAAGGGCCCAGAGCCUGUGCCCACAGGGCAGCACCAAAGAAAAGCACCAUGUGGAAAGAUUGCUUUAUUUUCUAAUGAUGAUGAUACGGCUGGAAUGGCUUCUUGAGAUGUAUAUAUUUUUUAAAUGGCAGUCCCUCAUUGCCACAUGGCCCCUGUACAUAUCUCCACCCCUGUCUAUGUUCUCCCAAAGACCUCCAUGUAAACCACAUGCCCUGGGAUUCUUCACCCUG